AUGGUCGCUAUCAACACCCUCAUCACCCUUGCUCUCACCCAGCUCGCCAUCACCGUAUCUGCCGGUGACUGCAAGACCCAUCAGCUCUACUGCGGCUCCACUCUGAAGUGGCGCGGCUGGACCAACUCUGAAAUCCAGGGCAAGGUCCUGCAAGACAUGUGGAACAAUGGCCAGUACCCUGCUGUCGACCAGAUCGACAAGUCCCUCUUCAAGUGUGCGGGACAGGGCAAAACGCUCGUUUGGGCCAACGGACGCACCCCCUGCGGCAACUGUGUUGAUGGCGGAGCCGGCAAGCCCGACUACUGUGCUUAG